AUGGGGGGAGACCAGUCACUACGAAUUCCCAAGAACAAGAGCACCGGAAAUCUGCACCCUGUCAAGCAUGAUGCACCCGCAUUCUCUCAGAGAACACGCUUUUCCUUUGACGCGGGGACUGCACAAGAGAUGAACAACCUGAAAAGGGCUGCUCGUCUCGACCAUGAUGGCUUGGGCAGAUCUGGCCUUCGACGGAUCAGACGACCAGGGCCGUCACUACGGACGCCUACUCUGAUCUUGGAAGGUGGCGAGUUCGUUGCUCCUGUGCUUCAUCACUCCAAGACUGCGCCAAUAUCUGGCUCAUCCAGCAGGUCCGUCUCAACUGGUUACAUGAUGAGCGGCCCAUCUUCGCCUGUGAUCGAGGAUCUCCACCGUUUCCCGUCAGAGUCCCUCCACUCAUUCUCUUUCGCCAAACAGUCGGAAGAAAUCCUCCACAGCAGACAAAAUAUCCUCCAGAAGUCGAUCGAUUUCGUGAGAGACCGUUCAUCGUGGGCGGCAAACCCAGCACUAGCACACGCUCAAGCGCGAGUUAGUGGAGAUCCGGAGCUUCAGGGUAUGAUGGAUCUUCUCAAAAAAGCCAAUAUCAUUCCCAUCGAUACAAGCAACAGUAGAGCGAAGGCGGUCGGCCUUGGGCCACUCACCGGCCCGGCUCAGCUCGACGGGCGCAAUGUUUUCGAAAAGAGUUUCAGCCAGGAGUUAGAGAAUGCUGAGCACGCGAUUGUGAGCCCUGAUCCGGAGGAAGCAAUGCAAGGACGCAAAUAUUCUAUAGACGAGGACGUGUCACCGAACGAGCCUGGUCUUGAAAUGCAGAUACCACCCACCAGAUCAGAUUCCAUAGACGCGCCACGCCGGACUGGCCUCAAGAGAACCUACACCGAUCUGCAUCCUGUAUCUCUCCAGCAGAAGCUUAUAGAAGCCCUCGCACAACCAUACUCAGCCGAUGACAACAAUGUUGCGCACAACGCUGUGUAUACAUCUUCAAUCACAGGUGUUCCUGCAACGCCUACUACUGGGAAUCCCUCGUCCGUUCAUACUCACAGCAGCAAGUGGUCGCCAGCGCACCAAGCUGUUUUCCGCACAACUGCAGACGCUCCCUGGACGAUUUUGGCAGCUAAUGAUCUGGCUUGCUUGAUAUUCGGUGUCACCAGAGCCGAACUUCGGUCAUUGAGUAUCCUUGGAAUCAUCCAGGAAGAAAGAAGGCACUGGUUGGAGACGAGGCUGUCCCGAUCUGAGGAUGUUCCGGAACCAAAGUCCCCGCCUCCUCCAAAGAGUGAAGCGAGGACCACUAGUCUCUCAUUGGUAGGGUCAAGAAGUGGUAUUACAGCUCGGUUACUUAGUAAAGCUCCCUCUCGAGCUAACAAAACUUCAGAAAGAGCAAGGACGGACGAUGGCUCUGGCGGCUACUACAGCCCCAAGCCUAAGAACCACCCGUCAACCAAAUCUAGGGGCGUCCUGCUUUGCGGAGACAUCGUGCCCAUUCAGAGACGAGAUGGCAGCAAGGGUGCUGCCAGUUUUUGGGUAAUGGAAAAACGCGGUGGGCUGAUAUGGGUGAUCGAAGAGAUCACCGAGGAUGUCGCAUACCUCGAUAUUGACAGUUCAGGCGAGGUGAAAAGUGCUCAUGGUGAGAUACACGCCAUUUGGGGUCGACGUGAUCUCGAUGGCACACCCCUCAAUGCUCUCCUUCCCAAGUUCCCUUUGGACGCAUUGGACUCCCACGACAAACAUUACAUAGGAUAUUUCGCAGCAGAAACCGCUGAACAUAUCCAUGUCCCGACUACAGUGGAGGUGUCACCUACAGGUGAUCAACUCCGGGUCUCUAGUCUGCCUCAUAUAGCUGGCGUCAUGGUCGUGGACCCAGAUACAUUGAAAAUCACGAGCUCGAACAGCAUAUUCUCGGCGGCACUGUUCGGUCAUCCGAAACUCGAUGGUUCGCAUAUCGCCAAUGUGAUCCCCAGCUUCGAGGAUGUUUUGAGCAUUUUGAAACAGGACGAUGGGGUCGAUCUCGUUGAUGGAAUUGUCAUACCGGAACACACCUUUCGUCGGGCGCGAACUAUUCUCUCACUCCGGGAAGGCAAAGAAAAUCCUGCCCACAUAUUCUUACGGCCAUGCGGUGUCCCUGCUAAACACCGCGAUGGAUCGGAUAUCAUGGUUGAUAUUCAGAUGCGAGUCAUUCGCAGCGAAACUGUUUUCCCCAUGUCAGACGAAGCAGUGAUCGAGGAAAAGGACGAGCUUCGGGCGGAGUCAGGUGUCGCAGUGGCAGAGCUUGUCUACGCACUUUGGAUCAUCUAUUCACGCAAUAUUCAUGGCGUGGGAGUCGGUCCGAGCGAUCACCAUCCAGUGGCGCCUGAACGCUCUCUGUCGCCACCAUUGCAGCCGGAGCCACCACCAACGCUUCCUUCUCCGCCUCCCGUGCUUUCGGAUAGAUCUCAAGACAGCUCCCGACUGUCUCUUGUGGCGGAUCAAUCCGAUGAAACGGAAUCGGUCACCAUGGAUGAGCCGCUUGAACAUCCACCUCCACACAUGACAUAUAUCUCUCACAAGAAAAAGACUAUUGAUGACUUUAUAAUUUUAGAAGAGAUGGGCUCCGGAGCGUACGGUCAGGUUAAACUUGUGAGGUAUAAGAAAGGACAGUCGAGGAAGAUGGUUCUCAAGUAUGUGACCAAGAAGCGCAUUCUGGUCGACACAUGGACAAGAGAUCGCAGAUUGGGGACCGUUCCGCUGGAGAUCCACGUCCUAGACUAUCUUCGUCGAGAUGGGCUCCGACAUCCCAAUAUCGUGGAAAUGAUUGAUUUCUUCGAGGAUGACAUCAAUUAUUACAUUGAAAUGUUGCCCCACGGUAUUCCGGGGAUGGAUCUGUUCGACUAUAUCGAGCUGAGGACAAACAUGACGGAGGAUGAGAGUCGGAGCAUCUUUCGCCAGGUGGUGGACGCCAUCCACCAUCUCCACACCAAGGCUCUUGUGGUACAUCGAGACAUCAAAGACGAGAAUGUUGUUUUGGAUGGCGAAGGGCGAAUCAAAUUGAUUGACUUUGGCAGCGCGGCGUACAUCAAAAAUGGACCAUUUGACGUGUUUGUGGGAACUAUAGACUAUGCCGCUCCAGAAGUGCUUCAGGGCAAGCCCUAUGGCGGCAAGGAACAAGACGUCUGGGCCCUGGGCAUAUUGUUAUACACCAUCGCGUAUAAAGAAAAUCCUUUCUACAAUUUAGACGAAAUUCUCGAUCACCCGCUGCGGGUGCCUUUUUUGCCAUUUUCUGAAGAGUGCCUAGAGCUCAUUCGCAAGAUGUUGGACCGAGAUGUGGACAGACGUAUCACCAUUGAAGAGGUGCUUGAUGACCCUUGGCUGGAAGAAGAUGAUGAUUGA